AGACAGCAGAAGCACAGCCAGGGAAAGACCUAGGAGCGUCUUUUUAUACUCUACAAUCGCGUGUCUCUAUAUCAAUUUUUACGCCUGGUUUCCGCUACGAAUAUUUAAGUUUCCAUAACAACUGGAAGUGGAUUUUGUUUUGAUAAAAUAAAAAGAUACCAAAAGAAGACGAAGCAGAUAGGAGCAACAGGGUGGUGGACUGGACAAGCGGAGCGAUCAAGAGAUUUCCUUACCACAUUUCAAACCAGAAAGAGUGAAGUUUCGACACAUACUGAGACUGAGAAAACAAGAUGCACAUGUAAAGUUUGGACCCCACAGCGCCCCCUAGCCCCUGGACCCCCCUCCUUCACACAUGAGGACAAGAAGAUGACUAUCACCAGCCGCCAGUCCUUCAAUGUCCUGACAGUUAUAUUCCUCCUGCUCUCCACUGCAGCUUUAUCAGCACAUUUCCGAGUGUGUGAACCCUACUCCGACCACAAGGGGCGCUAUCACUUCGGCUUCCACUGCCCGCGGCUCUCGGACAACAAGACGUACAUGUACUGUUGCCAUCACAACAACACAGCCUUUAAGUACUGCUGCAAUGAGACCGAGUUCCAGAUGAUCAUGCAGGUCAACCUCACCACCUCCUCCGACGGAUACGCACACAAUAAUUACACAGCGCUGGUGGGAGUGUGGAUCUACGGCUUCUUCGUCAUGGUGUUGCUUGCUCUGGACUUCCUGUACUACUCGGCCAUAAACUACGAGCUGUGCCGGGUGUAUCUGGAGAAGUGGGGAUUGGGUGGGAGAUGGCUGAAGAAGGCGCGCAGUCAGUGGCAUCAGUCCAUACCAGAGGAGAGUGAAGUCCAGGCCCCUGUGCAGCCCAUGGUCCCCGGGCACUACCAGCACAGACACAGCCUGAGGGGGGAGAGCCAUAGCCCCACACUGCUGCCUCACAACACCUCCACCGCAUGAACUCUGACGCUGGUGGAUCCACAUAAGAGUAGCAACAAACUGUCCGUGUUUGUAGAGCUGACGAUGAAACGUCACUGGACUCUCUGAAGGAGCAGCCAUAUUGUACCGUUCUAACGUGCCAGACUGGAGUACUGCGUUGGAGUACUACACUGAGUACUACACUGCUGUAUGAGGAGCAGUGACUCUAUUGAUGAGCACAAUGUGAGACUGUCAGAACAGUGGCAGAGGCUCAACCAAUCAGAGGAGACUGGAGUGGCCUGGAGCAGACAUAGACUUUUGAUGGACACGUUGGGGCAGUUUGUUCAAAUGUUGUUGACUGCUGUGUCGUGUCCCGUAGCAUUAGACACAGUGGUGGGUAUCUGUCUGGUGAUAUAUUUAUGUGAACUAGUCUGAGAAACGUAAUGGUGGACUUUCAGACCAUGUACAAAGUCUAGGCUGGUGCAGAGCAUCUCCAGUAGUUUAGAGUGUUAUGUUACUGAGUCAGGCUUACAGUAGUAUCUGCAGCCAUGUUAAACACUUUAUAGACAGUGGGUAGGUCUCUUUUUUCAAACAAUGUGUUUCUUUACAUUUUCUGACCAGGACAAAUCGCCAUACAGUUGAAGUGCAUAUGACAGGUUUUCAUGUUUUUCUAAUUAUUACUUGGUUUGGUGGGAUAGCAGGUCAAAGUGGCAGUUUGUCGGAAAAAAGUGGAAAACGUACAAAAAUACAGUAGCGUUAGGCCUGUCAUGAUAAAUACUAUAUCAACUUAUUCAAUAUAUAACAGAUGGGACAAUCAUUUUGGGGGUCAGUAUUUAUUGUGGGUACUUUUUCUUUGUACUAGUGGGGAAUAUUUGGUUAUUAUUUUGUUCUAUGAUGAGAUUUGAGCUGUAGAAGGUUGAGUCAUGAGCUUCUAUGACUCAUUACAGACACAAACUAACUACUUAAGCAUUGCAUUCUAUUAUUUAUUUAUUGUAGAAUACUUUCCGGGGGAUAUUUCUGGUCUAUGUUUUGGUUUUUACUUUAUUUACUUCAGCAAAAUGUGUUAUGACAGGUCUAAGUAGCAAUUUCCGGUAGUGGUCACCAUGCUAAAAUUUCAAACUUGAUUUCAAUACUAAAGAACAGCCUCGAUACCAAUUUUGAUACCCAAAAGAUUUUUAAAAGCUCUUUUUUAGACAAGAUUGCAAUUUUCAACACAGAAUAAUAGCAUUUGUUUAGUAUACCAUGUGGUCUUACACUAGCUCUUAUAAAACUCUAGAUAAAACUGCUCAGGAAAAGUCCAAUUUUAUCCAAUUAUGUGAUUUUUGUGUAUCAAUACUUGCUUAAAUGAGUAUCUAUUUCCGAUGCUAGCUUUAAUAUCAAUUAGUAUAAGACUUCCGAUACUUUUGACCACCUUACCUUCCAGCAGCUUCAACUGUCAUUUAACAAAAUAGAGGCGUUGCUAUUUAUUUGUAUUUGUCUAAUCAUGGCUGUUCUGUAACUUAGAUGCGUUCUGGCCCUUGUUUACAGUAAGACUGCUAGGUACCAGUUAUGAACUUAUCUCUACGUAUGUCAUAUCUGCUGCCCAUGUCCAACCAGGAAAUAAAACGAUAAACAUCAAGAAAAGAAAAAAAAAAAA